AUGCUGGAGUCGACCUGCAGGGCCUUCUUCGACCUGCAAGGAGUCCAGCUCCGUCCCGCCCCGGAUGCAGUCAUGACGACCCACUGUGCUCGAGUGGUAGAGAGCGCACCCGCACAGAACAGAUCCGAAGCGGUAGAGGGACAGAUAGACGUACCUGCCGCAAACCGGGACGCAAAUCCAAGAGUUGGGUUUAUUUCAUAUUCCCGCCGACCUGCACCGAGGGAUGCAGUACUGAGUGGCCCGACAUCAAGGGCAGCCACUGCUGACGAGCGUGAUAGGUCUGGAGAUAGGCAGCACAGGUUUGCUGAUCGGGUUAGGAGGCCGCGGGAACGCGAAGCACGGACGGAGACCGACUUGGCAAGCGUAGCAGAUGAAGGCGAGGAGGGUGUAGAAGAUCCACAGCUGCCAAGUCAGGUCGAACAGGCAGAGGAGCACUGGAGGAAGGCGGCUGAUGAAAAGCGGAUGGUCGAAGCAGAAGCCAAGAGUAGACGGGCUGAAGAGAUGCAGCGGCGCAGUGAUGGCGGCACCGAUCCUACCGUCUCUUUCCCGGGAACUGGAGACAUACGUGAAGCAUGGGAGCGUGGGGCACGAGCCGCUGCAAGGGCACACGUGGGAGAGGCAGGAGAGGAGCUCGCCAGCAAUGUGCGGCAGCAUAUCGAGGAGGAUAGGGGAUACGUGAAAGUUCGCUUGCCCAGCCUAAAGCGGAAGGCGGCAGAAGAGGCCCGGAGAGGGGACGUCGACGUGCCAGAGAAUUCGGGAGAGGCGAAAAAGAAGGAGGAGAGCAACGCGGGUGCUAAGGCUCAUAAGAUGGCGGUACUUACGGCAGAGGACGGGGCGCCAAAGGAAGCAGAGUCUGCGGCGCAGCAGAAGGUGGGUGCAGAGGCGGUCAAGGGUGCGGAGGCAGUCGCGCGUAAAGAAGCGGGUGCAGCAGCAGAGCUGACGUCGGAGGCAGUCGAGCUGAUGGUUGUGGAGGCAGUGGCGCAGAAGGAAUCAGAGGCAAUGGCGAGCCAGAAGGAUGAGGCAGCGGCGCAGCAGAAUGAUGAGGCAGACGCACAUAAGGAAUCAGCGGCAGCAGCGCAGCAGAAGGAUGAGGGUGCGGCGCCCACGAUGGUUGAGGCAGAGGCGCAGAAGGAAUCAGAGGCAGCGGCGCAGCAGAAGGAGGAGGGUGCGGCGCCGAAGAUGGUUGAGGCAGAGGCGCAGAAGGCAUCAGAGGCAGCGGCGCUGCAGAAGGAGGAGGGUGCGGCGCCGAAGAUGGUUGAGGCAGAGGCGCAGAAGAUGUCAGAGGCAGCGGCGCUGCAGAAGGAGGAGGGUGCGGCGUCGAACAUGGUUGAGGCAGAGGCGCAGAAGGAAUCAGAGGCAGCGGCGAGGGAGAAGGAUAAGGCAGCGGCGCUGCAUAUGGAGGAGGCAGACGCACAUAAGGAAGGAGAGGCACGGAAUAAGGCAGAAGCAGCGGCGCGGCAGAAGGCGGAGGCAGAGGAGCAGAAACAGGCUGCGGAAGAGGCACUACAACUGGCUCGGGCUGAAGCGCGGAAGAAGGCUGUUGUAGAGGCGUAG